AUGGACAUUGAUUGUUUAGCCAAAAACAGGGCGGACCACCGGUUCGCCGUCUGGCUUAAGUUACUCGUCGAAAACAACCCUGUGCACUAUGCAGGCUAUCUCGCAGUACACCACUGCAGACAAUCAGCACCGACCGGGAAGCUGCUCGGCAAUGGCGCCUUCAAUGUCUGUUACCUAAUCAAUCUCGAGAAUGGUGAUCGUGUGGUCGUUCGAUUUACCGCCAUCGGAAGAGUUCUUGCCCGCCGCGAGAAAGUCGAGGACGAGGUCGUGGUCAUGCGCUACUUGGCAGCUCACAGCCCAAUCCGAGUGCCCAAGGUAUUUGGUCAUGGAACAAGCGAAUAUGGGCCGUAUGUUGUCAUGGAGUAUAUUGCAGGCAAUUUGAUGAGUGACUAUCUUCGUGAUCCUGCUCAAGACCAAAUUUCGUUGCGGCCCGGCCUGCAUCCUAGAGUGCUCCAAAGGGCUUAUGUUGGCAUGGCGGACAUUCUGCUGGAACUAUCGAAGCUUGAGUUCCCAUUGAUUGGUGCCCUUGGGCAGAAUACUGAUGGUUCUUUCGUGGUACAAAAGCGGCCCGUCACAUUCAACAUGAAUCGAAUUUCGCAGUUCUCCAACAUCCCUCUCUCUGUUUUCAAGCAUUCGACGUUUGAGAGUGCCGGCGACUACUUUGAAGAAUUGGCCCGCCACCAUAUGGAGCAACUUGAACAUCAGAAGAAUGAUGCAAUCGUGGACGAGGCCGAUUGCCGAAAGAAAUACGUCGCCCGAAGCCUGUUUCGCCGAGUGUCUCGAAAACUCUGCGAUGAAGAAUGUAAAGGGCCCUUCCGACUGUUUUGCGACGACCUGUCACCAAGGAAUGUCAUUGUUGACCCAUCGAGGCUUGCAGUCGUGGGCGUUGUUGACUGGGAAUUUACGUACGCUGCUCCUGCAGAGUUCACCUACGCCGCGCCUUGGUGGCUGCUGCUUGAGGCUCCUGAGUGUUGGGACCAAGAUUUGAACGAGUUUCUGGUCCGCUACACACCAAAGUUUCAAGUUUUUAUCCAGGCUCUAAAGGAAUGCGAAACGGAAAAAAUCCGAAAGGGUGCUUUGUCGGAAUCUGGACGUCUUUCAACCAUCAUGGAGAAUUCCGUUGAAUCCGGGCUAUUCUGGGUUUGCCUGGCUUCACGAUAUAGUGCCCUAUUCGACGAGAUCUAUUGGACGUUUAUUGAUGCAAAAUUCUUUGGCACAUUUACCAAUAUCGAGCAGCGAAUUAGUCUUUUGGACCCUGAUGAAAAACUCAGAAUGGAAAAUCUGGUGCAGGAGAAAAUGCUGCAAGUCAACGCGCCAGCGUUGGACGUGCACUACACAAUCGAUGAACUAGUGGAAUUAUGA